AUGUUGAAUGACAUUACAACUAUCUUGCUACGUUUUAGACUUCACAAAUUUGCCGUAGCGACAGAUAUAGAGAAAGCUUUUCUCCAGAUCGGAUUAGAGGAGCAAGACAGGGACAUGACAAGAUUUUUCUGGUUGAGUGAUAUGGAUAACCCUCAAAGUGAACUGAUUACCUACAGAUUCAAAGCGGUUUUGUUUGGAGCUAUAUGUUCACCUUUCAUCUUGAAUGCGACGCUUUUAAAGCACAUUGGAGAAAAUCCCAGCAGUGCGUCAGAAACCAUGAUGUCGGAUUUAUACGUCGACAAUAUUCUUUCAAGCUUCUCAACAGAAACAGAUCUAUCGGAGUACUACAGUUCAGCCCGCGCUUUGAUGUCAAAAGCAGGUUUUAACUUACGUUCAUGGGCAUCAAACAGCAAUCGCAUCAAAGUUCUGGGGUUACGAUGGAAUGUGGAGUCAGAUACGUUAACUUUUGGAACUACGCCAAAAUUGGACACGCCUAGCCAUUCACUUACAAAACGGGAGAUACUCAGCGAUUCUUCGAAAAUCUUCGACCCAUUAGGAUUGUUGAGUCCUAUUACCGUGCGUUGCAAGAUAUUAAUGCAAAACCUAUGGAGUCAGAAAUUGGAUUGGGAUGAAAAAGUUGCAGAGGACAUCAAACUGUGUUGGAGUGAAAUCUGUAACGAUUUAGGAAGUGUGGUUAAAACGGAAAUUCCACGUUGCUACUUUGCAGUCAAUUCUCACGAAUCUACGGAACUACAUGUGUUUGUAGAUGCCAGCAAAAAGGCAUAUGGCGCUUGUGCGUAUCUUGUCAACGGAAAUAAAACUUCAUUCGUGAUGGCCAAAACGAGAGUGGCGCCUUUGAAAAAUUCAACAAUACCGCUAUUAGAGCUCAUGGCAGCAGUUAUACGGGCUCGCCUAGCAAGUCACAUUACCAGCAGUUUCAAGUCUUAUCGUGUUAUUUUAUGGAGCGAUAGUCAAAUCACUCUUAGCUGGCUAUCAAGUUCAAAACAGCUGAAGACUUUCGUCGCGAAUCGUGUGAAGGAGAUAAAAUCUCUUACAGAUGGCUAUUCUUGGAGGUACUACCCAACAAAGGAUAAUCCAGCCGACAUAUUAUCCCGCGGAAUGUCAGGACAACAAUUCAAGGAUAACACAUUAUGGUUUAACGGACCUGAAUGGCUCACCACUGAAGAACAGUGGCCACAGUGGAAGGAAUCGGAUUUGACUACCUUGACGACCGAAUGUGAAACAGCUAUACCUGAAUCGACGCCUAGUGUCGUGGAUACAUUCUUAACGAGUUCAUUGCAUAAACUUGUGGACAUAACAAAAUACAGUUCAUUCAUCAAACUGGUGCGCGUAACAGCCUACGUUCUAAGGUUUAUACGAAACUGUAGGAAACUUCAGAACGAAAAAUUGAAAGGAACUGUAAGUGUACUGGAAAUUCAGAAUCAUCAUUGUGGCUUAGGCAGCACAAUUACGUUAUUACGACAAAGAUUCUGGAUACCUGCAAUUCGCCAACUCGUCAACAGUGUACUACGGAAAUGUGUGAUUUGUCGCAAAGUGUCCGGCAAACCUUAUACCGCCCCUGAUCCACCACCUCUACCUAAAGACAGAGUAACUAUGGAUAGACCCUUCACAGUCACGGGAGUGGACUUCUCAGGGGCCUUAUACAUAAAAAGCGGAAAAGGAAGUGAAACUACAAAGGUUUAUAUUUGUCUUUUUACAUGUGCAAACACAAGGGCUGUACAUUUGGAGAUUGUUCCAAACAUGACAGAAGAAUCUUUUCUUAUGGCUUUUAGACGAUUCAUCAGUAAAAAGUCAUUACCUAGGAUUAUGAUUCCCGAUAAUGACUGCACAUUUGUUGCCGCCGCGGAGGAUAUCAAACAUCUUUUUUGCAUCAGAAACCUUGCAUAG